AUGACGCCUGCCUUCCUCGGACGUGGGGUCGUGCUGUUGCUUGACCCCGCCGUCCCUGCGGCGGCAGCGUUCACGGGGCCGCGGGUUCUCUCUUUCCUAACGAAGGGAGAGAUGGGAUGGCACCGGGAUCGCGGCCCAGGCGGCCUCACGCCGGGUUUCGCACACGAAGCGCGGAGAGGGAAUUCCCUCCCGGACACCGGCCCGGCUGCGCGCCUGCCCCCCACGGUCCCGCAGCCUCGCGAGUCCGCGGCAAGUGACGGCGGGGGGGCGGCGGGCCGCGCCGGGACCGCCCGCUUCCUCGCCCGCUACAACACCUGGGGCUUCGUGGCUACGCGGGCCGCCCAAGGCAAGAUCCAAGGUAUGCCCUAUGGGAACUGUUUACUUCUCAGUGACGGUCCCGUCAAUAACAGCACUGGAAUCCCUUUCUUUUAUGUGACGCCGAAGGAUAACACUGUGGCAGAUCUCCUGAAGAAUCCCGUGGCUUCUCUGACCCUGCCAGAGGCAGAUGGAAAUUUCUGCAGAAAAAAUGUAAUUGAUCCAGAGGAUCCAAGGUGCGCCAGGCUGACUCUCACGGGACAGAUGGUCACGGUGCCUCCAGAGGAAGUGGAAUUUGCCAAGCAAGCAAUGUUUUCCAGGCACCCGGUGGUAAGAAAGUGGCCUCGCAGCUAUGAGUGGUUCUUCAUGAAAAUGAACAUUGAGCACAUCUGGCUUCAAAGCUGGUAUGGAGAAGUUUCUGCCAUUGCAGUAGAAGAGUAUUUAAAAGCAGUUCCAAGUAAAGGAUGA